AGAACAGCGAAAGGUCCUUCUUCCGGCACCAUGCGACUGCGCUCUGGCAGCCGAGACGGCGGGAGGCUAGGGUUGAGGGAAGCCUGGAACCGGAAGUGAAGAGAGAUUCCCUCCCUCGUCGCUGUUGCUGCCGCCAUACGCGCUCGCCCUGCUCUGCUCUUCUAUCAGAAACUAGUACCUUUUCUUUUGCCCUUUAUCAAGCCCCUCUCUUUCCCCUUGUUUUCACCUGUUCUGGGAGAACUCAUCGAGAGACCCCUCCCCUUCUCCCCCUGCCGGCUCAAUUAUGGCAGAGAAUGAUGUGGACAAUGAGCUCUUGGACUAUGAAGAUGAUGAGGUGGAAACGGCAGCUGGGGGAGAUGGAGCUGAGGCUCCUGCCAAGAAGGAUGUCAAGGGCUCCUAUGUCUCCAUCCAUAGCUCUGGCUUUCGGGACUUCCUGCUCAAGCCAGAGUUACUCCGGGCUAUUGUUGACUGUGGCUUUGAGCAUCCAUCAGAAGUCCAGCAUGAAUGUAUCCCUCAGGCCAUUCUGGGAAUGGAUGUCCUGUGCCAGGCCAAAUCAGGCAUGGGAAAGACAGCAGUGUUUGUGUUGGCCACACUGCAACAGCUGGAGCCAGUUACUGGACAGGUGUCCGUGCUGGUGAUGUGUCACACUAGGGAGUUGGCUUUUCAGAUCAGCAAGGAAUAUGAGCGCUUUUCUAAAUACAUGCCCAAUGUCAAGGUUGCAGUUUUUUUUGGUGGUCUGUCUAUCAAGAAGGAUGAAGAGGUGCUGAAGAAGAACUGCCCGCAUAUCGUCGUGGGGACUCCUGGCCGCAUCCUAGCCCUGGCUCGAAAUAAGAGCCUCAACCUCAAACAUAUUAAACACUUUAUCUUGGAUGAAUGUGAUAAGAUGCUUGACCAGCUCGACAUGCGUCGGGAUGUCCAGGAAAUUUUUCGCAUGACCCCCCAUGAGAAGCAGGUCAUGAUGUUCAGUGCUACCUUGGGCAAAGAGAUCCGUCCAGUCUGCCGCAAGUUCAUGCAAGAUCCAAUGGAGAUCUUCGUGGAUGAUGAGACGAAGUUGACGCUGCACGGGUUGCAGCAGUACUACGUGAAACUGAAGGACAACGAGAAGAACCGGAAACUCUUUGACCUUCUGGAUGUCCUUGAGUUCAACCAGGUGGUGAUCUUUGUGAAGUCUGUGCAGCGGUGCAUCGCCCUGGCCCAGCUCCUAGUGGAGCAGAACUUUCCAGCCAUUGCCAUCCACCGUGGGAUGCCUCAGGAGGAGAGGCUUUCUCGGUAUCAGCAGUUUAAAGAUUUUCAACGACGGAUUCUUGUGGCCACCAACCUAUUUGGCCGAGGCAUGGACAUUGAGCGGGUGAACAUUGCCUUUAACUAUGACAUGCCUGAGGAUUCUGACACCUACCUACAUCGGGUGGCCAGAGCAGGUCGCUUUGGCACCAAGGGCUUGGCUAUCACAUUUGUGUCAGAUGAGAAUGACGCCAAGAUUCUUAAUGAUGUGCAGGACCGCUUUGAGGUCAACAUCAGUGAGCUGCCUGAUGAGAUAGACAUCUCCUCCUACAUUGAACAGACGCGGUAGAGGAUUCACCUAUUCUGGAAUGUGACGGUCUAUCUCUUCAGGAGAGGACACCAGGUGUGGGGGUGAAGGAGACACUACUGCCACCUGCCCCGACAGCCCCCACCCCUCCCCAAGGCUUCCUUCUUUUGCAUCACCACCACUCCUAAACCCCAUUCCUGAUUUAUCAGAAUUUUUUUUAACAAAACUAAAAAUGAAACACAAAUGUGUCUGUGGUAUCUGUAAGUGCUCCAUCCUUUAUUGCUUAUGGUAAAGUUAUUUAGGGCUUAAUCCAGGAUAAAUUUCUCAGUUCUGAGUACCCUGCUGUAGAGUGGGGUCAAAGUGAGAAUAAGCCUGCAUAGGCCAUGGCUCCUCAACUACUUUCCAAUUUUUUGGACCCUUAUAGAGUUGUCUUCAUUUUUUGGUGGGCUGGCAUGUUUCUGAAAGGGCCCAUUGCAGGGUGCUGGGCAGUAUUUCAGGUUUUGGAGGGUUAUGCGGGCACUUGUGGGAAGCUUAGGCAUUUCCUCUCUUGGUGUCUCUUCAUCUGUUCUUUCAGCUUCUGGAUCUUGAGCACUAGGGCCUGGGCUUCCCAGGCUCCCCCUGUCCCUUCCAGUAGGGCCUGGUACAGCUCCAGCUGCUGCUCCAGCAACUCUUCAGCUUGAGUCAGCUCAGCUUUGUGGUGGGGCCAAGGUUCCUGGAUGAAGCAGGAAUUGGGGGAGGCAGCAGCAUCAGCCAGGAUUGGGGGCUGAGACACUGGGAAGCUGUGUUGCAGAGUGUGGCUGGAAUUCAAGAAUUCUGUCUUUUUUUUUUUUUUUUUAAAUACCCUAUUAGUUUAAGGUCAUCUCUGAAGCUCAGGUAGCUUCCUCUAUCAAAGACAUGCUGGGGGGUAAGGGGAUUAGGUAGAUAUCACUGGCUCAGGGGCUGCCUUAAAAAGGUUUAUGGACAGAGGACUAACUGUCCCUCCUCCCUAGGAAAUAAUUAACUGUUAGAUGAAGGGGAAAUUCCUGUUCAAGGAGAGAGGGAACCCUGAGAUCUAGGUUAGUGUGGGGGUGGGAAGGAGUUGAGAGUUAAAAUUAGGCAAGGAGCUGCAGGGUUUGAUGGAUACAGCAUAAACUGGACAUUUUUUUUUCUAUUCCUUACCCCAAUACAAAUCAUUUUAUUUUAAUACAAAUCAUUUUAUUUUUUUAGUUUGACAUAAGACCUUCAUUUUGUUUGUUUAUUUUUAUGUGGUGCUAAGGAUUGAGCCCAGCACCUUGCACAUGCCAGGCAAGUGCUCUACCACUUAGCCACAACCCCCAGCCCCCCCAUACAAAUCUUGACACACUCCUCCCACCUUUGCCACUUACCCUGGCAGGUGACCUCAUCUUCCCACCACCUGAGGAGCUGGUCUGUUCUUCCAUGCUUUUUUUGGGAUUCUGGAAAUAGCAUCCUUGGGGGCCCAGGAGGGCAAUAGGAGGCGAAGGCGACAGUACUGAGUGAUCCAGGCCAGAGGGAGGACCAUGGCUAGUGAGGCAGGGAGCUGUCUUGAGCUGCCCAACAGCCACCAGGAACUGGCUGUCUUCCAGGCCUUGGCCUCACUUGAGUGCCUGUCCUGCCCAGGGACCCGCCCCUGCCUGACCCCGUUUGCCUCCACCUUCCUAUCCUGGCUGAACAGUCUAGGAACAAGAGUCCUGGUAUGAACAUGUUCCUGUCAGUUUAGACAGAAUUUGGUUUAGAAUGCCUAGCCUACCAUGUUUUGAGUUUGUUUCUGCUAGCACUGUCUUCUAAUUUCUCCCUCAGUGCUGUGAUAGGAAUUACAUCACUGGUUUUUAGAUGAGAAAACUAACCAGGAUUGUUUACUUUUCUCUAAUUUUGUUGGCCCAGAAUGACCUUUUUUCCUGUCCUGUCUUGCAGUAUGUGUUGUAGGGGUUGCCUUUAGUUAGAUCAGGCUCCUUUGUAUCCCCUGUUGCUUAUGACAGUGUGACACUAGUACAGGUGUCAAGCUUUGUUGAGCUAGUGAAGUCUCCCUUGGCACCUAUACAUAAACCUGUCCACACAGUGUGAACCUGUGUACAGAUGGUAGGUGUCCUGCAGUGUGUUCUAAAGUGUCUCUUGUGGCUGGAGACCCCAGACACAUUCCUGUGGGCAGUGGUGGCUCAGGGGGAUCUAUAUUUUGAUCAUGUGGGAAAUGGAAGGUCCUCAGAAGGCAGGAUUGCUAGAGAGUAGACAGUUGCUAACCAACUCACUAUUUGGAAACAGGGAAGAUGGCUGAGGGGUCCAAAAGCCAGACAGGGAGAGUUUUCUGGAGGUCCUUGCUGCUCAAGCUUGGGCUGAAAUGCAUUUAGAUGAGGCGGAACACCUCAGUUUGUCAGCUGACUUGUUUCCUAGUGUAAAAAGAGGCAAAACUGUAAAAGGGAGAAUGGUUUUCUCUGUUUCUUAGUGACAAGGUUCUCAUAUUUGAAUUCGCAAUGGCUUAAAGUCUUAAUUACUGGAAAAUAGGCUCAAAGUACUGUCAUUACAGAUAUGUGAAACUAGUACAUGUGAAACUCGCCAACAUUGAAGUUAACCUAACCAUGUUUGUCAGUUAAAAGCAAGCUCAGCAGCUAUUUAGGAAAACAAAAAACAAACCAUGACAUUUCUGCAGGGUAAUCUAAAUGAUACAUUAAAUAACCCUUCCUGAAAAGCAGACAUUUCAACCAUCUGCUUUAGGUUAUGCACUCAAAAGUGGACUAACCUACAAUAAUUUAUAGUAGAUAUUCCUAAGCCACGGACAAAAUAGUCUGAAUUUUGGCUUUGUUCAUCUAUGUGAACUAAAGAAAGUUCUGGGAUUUGGGUUGGUUGAAAUCUGUUGAAUGAACUGUGAAUCAUAGAAAUGGAGUGAAGAUAAAUAUGUAUAAACCAGAUUGCCUACUUUUAUGUUAGUGUAUAUAUUUACCUUUUGUCAUUCCUGAAUGUUUUGGAGUCAUAAUCAUGAAAAUUCUGGUCUCUGAAGACCCCUUCAAUAUCGCACCCUACUGAGGAUUGACAGGACCAGAGUGAUGGAGUGACUGACAUGAAUUUAUGUCUUGUGAAACAUAUGCAGAUGGGGACUUAGAGAUAUAGAGGUGCACUCAUUGUAUUUAUGUGAAAAUAAGUGUCAAACAACUAGCUGGGCACAUUUUUAUUCCUGUCAACAGUUGAUGUUCAUAGCAACCUUUCAAGAGAGCCUUUCUCAUUUCACUUUUCUUGCAUGUGAUGUCCGGUCCAGCACCCUUUGUUGAAAAGACUGUUUUCUCCACUGAACUGUCUUUGCUCCUUUGUAUCUAGGUGGAUCUGUUUAUGGUCUCUCCAUUCUGUUCCACACAUUCAUUUAUUCUUUUGGUGUUACCGCAGUGUAUUUUAAAAAUCAUUUGAGUUGGCAAAAAUUUUGUAUUUAUGAUGUACAUGAUAUUUUGGUAAGUGUAUCCAUUGAAAAUGGCUAACUCAAGUUACUUAGCAUAUAUCACACAUAUAUACCAUUUUAUUUUGUAACAAGAACACUGUCAGCAGUUUUCAACUAUAUCAGUAUAUUGUUUAGUCACCAUGAGAUAAAAAAUAUCUCUUGAACUCAUUUCUUCCUAUGUAACUGUAAUUUUGGUCUUUGACUAGCAUCACCACAAUUGUCCCACCGCUUAACCUAUAGUAACCACCAGUUUGCUCUCUACAUAAAUUUGAUUUUUUUUUUUUUUUUAGUUCUCCAUAAGUGAAAUCAUCUAUGCUGGGCUUAUUUCACUUAAUGUCUUCCAGGUUCAUCCUUAUCACAAACGAUAGGAUUUCCUUUUUUUUUUUUCCCAAGGCUUAAUAGUAUUUCAUUGUGUAUAUAAACCCCAUUUUCUUUCUUCAUCUGCUGAUAAACACAAGUUGAUUUAGUCUAUAUGUUGGCUAUUGUAAAUAAUGCUGCAAUCAACAUGGUAACAGAUGUCUUUGACACUGAUUUCGUACCUUUGGAUAUAUACUCACUAGUAGGAUUGUUGAAUCAUACAGUCAUUCUAUUUUUAAUUUUUUUUUGUGUGUGGGGAAACGCCAUACUGUUUUUAAUAAAGGCUACCAAUGUGGUACUAAUUACUACAUAGUCAUGAUUAUUAAAGUCAGGUAGUGACUGUCCUUUGACUUUGUUUUUAUUCUACAUUGUAUUAGCUAGAUUUUCUUCCUCUCCAUAUAAACUUUAAACCAGUUUGUCAAUUUCCACAAAAUAACUCGCUGAGAUUUUGAUUGGAAUUGAUCAGUUGGGAAAAAUUACGAUGACAAUAUUUGUUUUAUUCAUGAACAUGGAAUAUACUGUAUUUUUUAGUUGAUGACUUUCAUCAGAGUUUUGUAGUUUUGCUUUUAUACAUACUUAGAUUUAUAACCUAAGAUGAGAUUGUACCUAAGUAUUGAGUUGAAGUGUAGCUCAUUGGUAAGCAGUUGCCUAACAUAUGAGGCCUUUAGGUUUGAUCCCCAAGAAAGAACACACGUACACCAAGGGGCAGAAGAACAAGCUCUAACUUUUAGGGAGUGCUAAUGUAAAUGGUAUUAUGUUUUGCUUCUCAAUUUCCACUCAUUCCUUACUGGUAUAUAGGAAAGUGAUUGAAUUUUAUAUAUUAACCUUGUAUCCUGCAACCUUACUAUAUAUUCUUUUUGUUUCCAGGGAUUUCUUUUCUUUUUUGUUGUAUUUUUGGCAUACAUAAACUCUGGGGAUGCCAGCUGUUGAGUCAUGAGCAGCCUGUGGAAAGGUCCAGGUGACUAGGAAUGGAGGCCUCUUGGGACCAGCUAGCAAGUACCUGAGCCCUCUCCAACAGCCAUAUGAAGGAGCCAUGCUCCUUGGGAGCCCCCAGUGCCAGUCAGGUCCUCAAAGGAUGCAGCCUUGGCUGAUGACUGCGACCUUGUGAGAGACCCUGAGCCAGAAGCACUCAAGGAACCUCUCCUGGAUUCCUGACCAUCACACCCUGAGGGAGAUAAUGUUCCAUGUUUCCAGCUGCCAAGUUUUGGGUAGUUUGUUAUAUAGCAGUAGAUAAGUAAUAUAGAUUCUAAGGAAAGAUUAAAUCAUUGUACUUUUUUAUUUGCCCUAAAUAAAACGUGUCAGUUAAAUGAUAUUUAACAUGCCAGUUGGAUUUAAGAUUUUUCACAGCUAAGUGAGAUGUAAUUUAUUAUUAUUCUCAAACAUCUAUUUAUUUGACUUUCAUGAUCCAGCUGUGACUCAAUUACACAAAAAAGUAAGAAUCUGGCUAUGUUAGUCUGAUUUUGUGAUGGACCCUAACACCACUCCAAUUAGCCAUCUUUCUUCAGUCAAUCAAAUGCUAAGGUAUUUGCUACUGUGAAGGGAUUUUUGCAGAUGAAAUUACAGUCUCAAAUCAGUUAACCUUAACAUGGGGACUGUCCUAACUAGGUGAUCCUUUAAAAGGACCAAGCUCUUCCUGAGAGAAGAGAUCCAUUGUGUGAGAAGGAUUCAGUGUGAGAGAUCUUCUUAAAUGUGGGCUUUGAAAAUGGAGGGGCAAGUCAGGUGCGGUGGGGCAUGCCUGUAAUCCCAGCAGCUCUGGAGGCUGAGGCAGGAGGAUUGUGAGUUCAAAGCCAGCCUCAGGAAAAGCAAGGUGCUAAGCAACUCAGUGAACCCUGUCUCUAAAUAAAAUACAAAAUCGGGCUGGGGAUGUGGCUAAGUGGUCACCAAGUUGCCUGUAGUCCUCCCCCUCUCUCCCUGACAGCCAGCAAGGAGAGAGGGACCUCGGCCCUAAACGUGCAGGAAAUGGGAUUCUGCCCACAGCAUUGUGUGAGUUUGGAGGAUACUUGAGAUGAGACCACAACUUUAUGAAAUCCUGAAGAGAGAAUCCAUGCAUACCAUGCUUAGAUUUCUGACAAAGGAAAUGUAAGCAAAUAAACAGGGUAAUGUUUUGGGCUAUCAAGUUUGUGGUAACUUCUUAUGUAGUAAUCAAAAACUGUCAGGCUCAACUGUGCAACAGAUAAGUGUUUUCUCCAUUGGAAUGAAUUUAUAAAUUGUGUACAUGAAAUGCAUGAAAUAAAAUAUUUUUUUGUUUUUUAAUGA